GCUAGGUUACAGACUAUGAAUCAAAGAAAACACAGAGUGCAUUUCACAAGUGUGCAUUUCCAGAUCAAAGACACAAUGUACAGCACAAGAUUCUAUUGAAACAUAGAUUGUAAAUAUCUAUUGUUGAAGUGUAAACUACAACUACAGCUCCAAACUUUCAUGCAAACUUUCAUGCUCAGGAACCUUUGUGCUUCGUAGACAAUGGCAAAGAUAGAGAUAUAUGCUCGAAUGCGACCCACAAAUCGUGAGUACGAUGGCUUCAAGGUCACCACAGACCCAGAGAGCAAGUACGAACACAUACUGGUACAGACGGCAGAACAAAAUCGUCAAGUUUCAACCCCCUCCAAGCGUAGCAGAUCUCAAGCGCACAAUUUCCAAUUCAAACGAGUUUUCCAAGAAACAGCAACACAAGAAGAAGUUUUUGAGUCAGUGUCUAAGAACAUUAUCGACUCUUUUCUUGAAGGCUAUAAUGGAACAGUCUUUGCAUACGGUCAAACAUCAUCUGGCAAGACUCACACUAUAGAAGGUGGUGGCCGAAAGUUUGCCGAUAGAGGUAUCAUUCCGAGGUCACUAUCGUACGUCUACAAGGAGGUGGAGAAAUUAAGUAGUCGCGGUGAAGAUGUCAGUGUACAUAUAUCUUACAUGGAGAUCUACCAGGACACAGGCUAUGACUUGCUCAAUCCUGGGACAAGGCCUGGGGCUCUUAUGGUCACUUUGCCUAAGAUCAACAUAUCGGAGGGACCAGGUGGACGUAUUGUGGUUCGCAAUCUCUCCUCUCACUUGGCAGCUACAGAGGAGGUGGCACAGAGCCUGCUAUUCCAGGGCUCCACUUGUCGUAAGGUGGCUGAGACCUCCAUGAACCAAUGCUCUUCUCGCUCUCACUCCAUCUUCACUGUCACCCUCACAACCAAAACACCCAAUGCUGAAGUCAUUACCAGGUCUAAGCUGAACCUUGUGGACCUGGCUGGCUCUGAGAGAGUGUCCAAGACUGGAGCUGACGGGAAGAUCCUACAAGAGGCCAAGCACAUCAAUCUCUCUCUACACCACUUGGAGCACGUCAUAGUCACUCUACAGUCUCACCUCAGGAGCUCACAUAGCCAGUCCAUGUUGAGCCCCUCACACUCACACCACAGUGUUGACCUAUCCUCUAGGAAGAGCAGGGAGAGGAGCCUUGUCUCACCACAGAGCCCCAAGUCACGAGAGGGGCAGUCCCCCAAUACCUCCCGACCUAGUACACGAGGCACUCAUGUCCCCUACAGAAACUGUAUGCUGACAAUGGUACUUAAGGACAGUCUUGGUGGGAACUGUCUGACUGCAAUGAUAGCUACAAUAUCUAUCGAGGAAGCCAACUUGGGGGAGACGAUAUCCACGCUGAGAUUCUCACAAAGAGUUGCCUGCAUUUCUAACAAAGCAAGAAAAAAUGAGGAGCUCGAUGAUAAAGCUAUCAUCAGGAAACUAAAGCACAGGAUUGCUGAGCUUGAGAAUGAAGUGUUGUCAUUGAAGGGUCAAGGCAUCCAACAAGAGGACAGUGGAGUCUCUCUGUCUCCCACUUGUUUCUCCUCCAGCCAGUCACUAACUGACCAGGAGAAGAUAGCCUGUCAUCAGAUACUGCACAACUUCUUCCAUGGGAAGAUUGACAACCCAGUCACAGCAGGUAUCAAUACAGCAGUAAAGUUCCACGAAUGCCUGCAAGUUCUCAAAAUGGUUGUUCUUCAAGCGCUCGGAAUCUCUAAACAGUCCCCUAGCACCAGUAAGGACCCUGCUUCAACCCACGCCAAGGAGCUAGCCAGUCAAGUGAAGCACUCCCUUCAGACAACCACACCCAGUCCUAACUCAAGACUCAGCAGUGGAUUUGGUAGUCUAGUCGAUACUGAUGGAAGUUGUGAGUCUAGUCACAAUCAGGGUAUACCCUCACAUGUACAUCAGCAGCCUACUAUCCAGGCCUCACCGUCGCCACUUAUUCAUACGUCACCACCGUCUGUUAAAGAACAACUCUUUGAGCAACGGAAUCAAACGAAAGUCGAGCGUCAAUAUAAACAAUCAAGACGUAGCGAACCUCAUGCUCCCAUGAAAGCAAAUUCCCCACUUAAAUCUCACCCUCCUGCUGAGCAACAAAAGACAGUGACUCAUGUUCGAACGUACCCCAGCCCUGUGGCCAGUGAGAGGUCCCCUAGACACACUAACAGAGCCUGGAUGUCCCCCGUUGUAAGCCCCUCCUCUAGCCAGCUGUCUACUGCUGACAGUUACCUCUCACCCACUCCCACCAAACCACUCUCACCAAGACAAGAGAAUGACGUGCAACAUUUACUUGUAAAGCAAGAAGAGCUGAAACGAUCGAAACACGAGCGAAAGAAACUUGCCAAUCAAGUCCAGUUAUUGGAUCUCCAUGUGGAAGAGGAGAAGCUAAAGAGUGAGUUAAAUCUCAUUGGAGAGCAGUUGGCCCAGCAACAUGCUAUGGUGACUAGACUACAGAAGACAGACUCUAACUGGGAGCAAUUAUGUGCCGAAAGAAUAGCCGAACAGCAAUUGAGAAUCAAACAAGCAAAGAUUCAUCAGAGGUUGAUGGAUGUGCACUACUACAUUCAGAGCUCUCAACGACCUCCCCCUCCCCCCACACUUCACCCCCCUGUGAAGGUGUGGACAGCUCCAGCUGCUGUUGGGAAGUCUCAUCCCUCUAGCAAAGUACAGCGAGAGUUGGAGAAACAAGAAAUAAAGCAAACACAGGUUGAUAAUCAAAUUGAGAAAUUAAGGAUGUCACAGAUGGAGAAACAGCUUGAGCUGAAGGAGGUCUCCACCAGACGAAAAAUACUCGCAUUAAAGCAGCAACUGCUAGCUGGCCGCAACACAACUGACUCUCGGCCCCACACUGACGAUAGUCUGCAAGCAAGGUCUCAAUCCACGCAGUCAUUCUCUGCACCACAAGCCGAGUCUAGACAAGAAACAAACAAUCAUUUGCAUACCACUACAAACUCCCAAGGAAACUCAAACGAAAGAACGGCAGUCACACACUCCACGAUAACUCCACAAUUACGGUAUGAUCCAGAAAGCCCUCUGAGUCGAAUUAGAACCACUGAUAGCAGAACUGAAGAGACGCAAUCAUCACAAACUCCUAACUCCAGAACUGCACAACCAGAUAGCUCACACAAUAUUAUAAAGUCACCAGAACAUUCUUUGAGAGUUGAGACAAGCAGAAAAGUCAUUCGCACACCAGAUAAGAUUGAUGCAAGGGAAUCGCCCACUGUUAUAAAGAGCCCUCCUGUCAAGUUGACUCUCCCUGACGAGGUCAAGGAGACAGAGUACAUGACUGCAAUACAAAGACAAAAGGCCAGAGUAUCAAGAAUCAGACGCUGCAUUGUAGCAGCCACACUAAUACAGAGAGCUUGGAGAACUCAUAAACAAUAACAGUUAUAAUUAAUAAUAAUUGUGUCUUUUGUGGUUAAAUUGACUUCCUUGUUUACCUUGA